GUGGCAGGCCACAGUCGGGCAGCGAUGGCGAUGCUAGCGUCAGGCUCGGACUCGGAGGCGGACUCAGAAGCGUUCUCGGACGCCGAGCUGCAGGAGGCCUUCGCGCGGGGCGUGCUUAAGCCGGGGCUCAACGUGGAGCUCGAGGCGCCGAAACGCAGGCAAAAUGACGUGGCCGGGCUGGGUCAGUGCCUGGCCGAGUUCCGGAAGGACCUGCCGUGGUUGGAGCGGCUGGACGUGACCGUGGGGCCAGCGCCAGAGCUCCCCGCGCAGCAGACGCCCGUGGAGCCCGGAGCCGUGGACCCCGGAGCCGUGGACCCCGAGGACGACUUCCGAAGGGAAAUGACCUUUUACCGCCAGGCCCAGGCUGCGGUCCUGGCCGUGCUGCCCCGGCUCCACCAGCACCAGAUCCCCACCAAGAGGCCCCAGGACUACUUUGCAGAGAUGGCCAAGUCUGACCAGCAGAUGCAGAAGAUUCGACAGAAGCUGCAGACGAAACAGGCUGCCAUGGAGAAGUCUGAAAAGGCCAAGCAGCUUCGAGCGCUCAGGAAAUAUGGCAAGAAGGUACAGACAGAGGUUCUUCAGAAGAGGCAGCGGGAGAAGUCUCAGAUGAUGACGGCUAUCAAGAAGUACCAGAAAGGCUUCUCAGACAAACUGGACUUCCUUGAGGGAGAUGGAAGGUCGCUCUCAAGAGGCGAGAAGGAAGGUGCCAAAGCUCAGCAGAUGAAGAAGGGGCCCAGUGCCAAGCGGCGGUACAAAAACCAGAAGUUUGGUUUUGGUGGAAGGAAGAAAGGAUCCAAGCGGAACACCCGGGAGAGCUACGAUGACGUGUCCAGCUUCCGCGCCCGCACCGCCCAUGGCAAGGGCCCCCAGAAGAUGGGCAAGAAGCUGUCCAAUAAGAGACCUGGGAAAAGGGCAAGAGAGAAAAUGAAGAACCGUGCACGCUAAGUGCCACCUUUUAUACGGAGGACCAGGCACAGAGAGGACCCAGGCCAUCCCUUGGCUGCCUUUGCUUUCUGAGUAGGGGGCCCGGGGGUGUGAGGCACCCCUCUGGCACUAGCUGGCUGGUGGGGGCUGGGGGGUGGGGCCUAAACUGGGUGUAGGCAGCUGGGACCUGGCCCCACUAGUCUGAACUCUGCUUGGCCUUUAUGCGCCAGAACUCUGCCAUGUACUUCGUGAUGUCCUUGUAGCUGCGGAAAAAAUUGAUCCUGGUAUCGCUGCGCUCACUGGGGAUCUGGAGAGAGGAGGACACACGUGGCCGUGAGGGGGCGGGGUGGCUAUCCCCCUGCUGCCCUGCCCCUGGAUCCCGACCACCCCAUCAUUCAUAGCCGCUGUGGGGUCAAUGCCAGUCCCUUUCCAAGGGCUGUGUAAAUAAAUGACUGUCAGGAGCAUCA